GCUAACCAUCUCUCCUCCUCCAUCUCCUCGCCACUUCCCUCACCCAAGGCCGCGGCCAUGCCCGCCGUCCCGCACACCAAGUCCGCGCCGUCGGAGCACGGCCUCCCGCCCGCGCCCCCGCCCGACGCCGAGUCCUCGGCGCGGGCGCCCGCGGUCCAACCCGCCCCGUCCGUAGUGGACGCGACGUCGCAUACCGCUGCGCAUGUCUUCUCGCGCCGCUUUCUCGGGCCUAUGCCCUACCGUGCCGCGACGUCGAAGAAAGCGGAAGCCGCGAGAGCCGAACGGCGCGAGCUGCGGCGCAAAGGGUUGCGGCGGCUCCUUGCCCGCGGAGAUGAUGAGGAGGACGAGGACGAGGCUGCGCCGCGCCACGUGCACCUGUUCCGGGUGCGGCGGCGGACGUCGUUGGGCGACGAGACGGAGCGCGAGUAUGCCAUCGACGACGGGAGUUCGAGCUCGAGCGAGGAGGAGUUCGCGGUGAAGACGAUCAAGGCCAAGGCCAAGGGCAAGGGGAAGGAUAAGACGAAGGAGCCCAAAGACAAGAAAGUCGGGAAGAAGGGCAAGAAGAAGAAGAAGAAGAAAAAGGGGGCGGGGGAUGUCUGGGUCGGCAACUCGUUCGACAUUGGCGCCGAGUUCGAGUCGCCCCCAGACGGAAGAGAGAACACCCCGGCCUCGAUGUUGGGCCAGGACAUGCAGGAGUCGCCUGAGGUUGUGCAUCGCCAAUUGCAUCAUGACGGGGAGAACAUCGUGCCGGAGGCUGGGCCAUCGACAUUGCCCCUGCCUACAGCUUCAUCAUUGCCGGGCUCCAAACCAGCAUCCGGACUAUCAACCCCCGGCUCCGGAAUGUCGACGCCACGACGCCCGGGAAUCAAGCGUGGGCAUUCGAGUAGAGCAGGAUCGACCUCCUCGACCGGCGGCGAGACGUUCGUAACGGCCCUCGACCACGCCCACGACGACGGCUCGGACGAGUCGACGUUCCACGCCAUCGUGCCCGAUCCGCAGCCGCUCCCCAGCGACGGGCUCCAGAGCCAGAACUCGUCGCCGCGAGCCGCCGCGAGCUCGCAAGGCGACUCGCGCGCACGCUUGAUCCACUCGUCGGACGAGGAAGCCGACCUCGGGCCCUCGAGCCUGUCGCCGCGCCAGUCCGAGUCGCGGCUGCGCGCGCGCACGUCCGGCUCUAUCGCGAGCCUCGGCCGCGACGCAAAGCAGGCCAUCAACGCGCGCCUCAAGUCGGCGCUGCGCGGCGACGCGGCGCACAGCGACGAGCGGCCGAGAUCCAAGACGGUGCAGUUCAGACCGCACGACGACGUCGCGCCCAGCGGGGCGCAGGCGCCCGCACACCCGUACGCCGUGCUCGCGCGCUCCGGCUCCAGCGUGGAAGGCACGAGCGCGGACGCGGUCGGCGACGCGCUGCCCAUCGACGACGACGUGCUCCCCGGCGGCAUCGUUAUGCGGGACCGCGCGUGCGUCAAAGUCGGGCGGCAUCGCGAAGAGAACAUGGGCCACUUCGACGAGCUCACCCAGCGCCGCAGUCCAUGCUAUCGCAUCGACCCGAUGGAGGAGUAUGUCCUCGGUAUGACGGUGACGUCGAUUGACUUUUACCUCGACUGGUUCUGGCCGUUGGAGGAGAAGAUCAAAGGCCACAAACGACUCGCGUACUGCGUCCCGCUGUCGGCGCCGACGACAUUGUCGGUGUUCAACAAGACGGACAUGACGCUCGCCCUCACUUGCCCGUGGUCUGUGAUUGUGCGCAAUACUGCGCGACACUUGGACAAAACCCUCCGCAGCCAGACCUCUCGGUGGGAUCGCACGCGGCACGGCCGCAUCUCCGAUACGCUCCAUAUGAGCCGACAGGGAAGUGCUGUGUUCCUCAUUACUUUCGGGGAGCGGUCACGCGCCCUUGACUGGUUCUGGUACAUAUCUGGUCAACUCGGCGUCAAACUGCCACGCCAGAUCGACAUCCGAGUGCCUGUGCUCGAGAUGACACUCCGCAUUGCGGUCCCCGAGGAGCCGUCGAGCACGACGUUCAACUCGGCUACAAUUUUACGCUCAGUGUGGAAAGCCGUGCUGUCUAACAAUGAGCAGACGCGGCUCCUGCGUGAGCUCGGCGCGAUCCCCACACUCAGACUCGCGUGGAAGGAGGUCGAGCCCACGGUCGAGUGGGUGUGCUGGGACACGACGGUGACCGACCGACCGCGUGAGUGGGCGCUCCUCGCGAGCUUUGCACAUGGCCUAUCGAGACCAAGGGGCUCGCUGCAGGUCCGUGACGCGACGCACUACGGUAUCCGUGUCCGUCUCGAGGACGGCACAUUGCUCGCCGAACCCGAGGGUAUCGAGGGAUAUCUCGUGCGCCACAAGACCGUAGCGGCGCCUAAGGAGGAGAUCUACCUCUCCAUCGUAGACGGACAUGCUUUCUUUUCCCCUGCGCAAACAGGGACUCCGCCCCUGAUUCCGCAGAGACGCGGCUCGUCGCCCGCUGAGCUCUUCCCCGAGCUCCACAAGAAGUUCCUCGACAGCGAGCGCCGGCGUCUCGGCACAUUCGUCGAGAAGUGUACGGGGUGCAUCGAUCUCUCGCGAAUUACAAGCACCAGGCUCGUCAAGCCCACAGAGCUUACUGGCGGGCUAGACGCGCCGCCAGUGGACCCAAACGAACCGAACUACACGGCUGAAGGGCCGCCGAAAGCAGACCCACCCCCGCGCGCGAAAUCUGUAGCGGCACCGCAGCAGUCUGAGCUCUCGCCGCUCAAAGCCCCGCAACUCCCGCGCGCAGACACGACCUCGCAGCUUCAGGGCGCCGACACGACCGAGGUGGCUGUCCCGAGCCGCCGCACCACCGCGCUGACGCCGCUUCCGAAGGAAGGCAAGAAGGGCCAGCGCGAGUUCGAAGUCACGUUUCGCGACGGUGUCACUGUCGUCUUUGAAGCGCACACGCCCGAGAUCGCGGCUGAGUGGGUCAGGCGCCUCACUGAGCUCGUGCGGUACUGGACCACCCGGCGGCGCGUUGAUGCGCGCUCGGCCAUGGACGUCGUGCAGCUCCACAUGGGCAGAGAGGCGUUUGUCGGCCAAGCACUGGACCUCCACACCGAGACGCUCGUCAAUCAGCUGUGGAAUUGGUGUGUCAUCGACGGCUGCCGCCCCGUUACGCACUCCGGGCGGGUGUACGUGCGGCGCAGCAAGUGGGGCAAGUUCAGGUCGUUCUACCUCGUCCUCAUGCAAGGCAGUCUGGUGGCCUUCUCCUCCGACGGGAGGGCCGGCAUGCAGCCGCGGCGCGCGGUGUGGCCGCUCUUCGGCUCCUUUGUCUAUUCGGGCAUGCUCGCGCAGGACGAGCUGGACGCGAAUCCGAACGAAAGUGCUUGGGACCCGCAGAACAGGGUCUACCAAGACGGGCUGCAGAGCAACGACGGGGCAGAGGACACGACAUUCUGCGUGCGCCUGUUGUGGCCGCACGGCCGCUUCGCGCCGCCGCAGCCGUGGGACCUCGAGAAGAACAGGAAGGAGACAGGGGCGCAGGCGGACUUCGUGCCGCCUCCGCUGAAGAAGGAGCCGCAGCGCCUGCUCGUGUGCCGCGCGCGCAGCAAGCUCGAGCGCGACCGGUGGGUGUGGGCGCUCAACUGCGAGAAGGAGCGGUUUGCGCGGGCCUUCGUCAGAGACGAGGAGACACUGCGCAACACCGGCGUGCUUCCGCGCCACUCGACGCUCACGCAUACCGAUGCGAGUCUCAAGCUGUAGGAGUGCACGGGUCUGUGCCAUUGGCCGGACGAGGGGUGCAGAGUGAGGCCAACAGUCCACGCCGGAGCCGAGGCCCGGCAACCUAUUACGAUUCUCCCGGGCAGGUCGGGACGGUACUUUGAUACAUAGAUAUAUUAGCAUUGGUUUAUGACUCCAGCAACGAUGUAUUCCUGCAUGCGCCAUGA